CACACCUCCAUUUCUUCCUCCUCGCUUCUCAGUUCACGACCACUGCGCACCCCUCGAUUGAGACACCUUCGCCCCUCCCCCCUAAUCGGCUCAUUUGUCGUAAGGCUGCUUACCGAAGAGGUCGAGGUGUAGACGUCAAUCGAUUCGGGCAAAGCCGUUACUGGCCACCCGCCUCGAGAUACGAAUCGGACCAACACGUUUAGCUCAAAAGGCGCAUACACACCAUGGCGGACAAGCCCAUUGCCUUUGCCGAGCACUGCCAGCUGCAGGCGCUCGGCAUCUCGCAAGAGUUCUGCACGUUUGCCAACACGACGCUUGAGUCGGAGCGCUUCGUCUGUGUGAGGGAGAACAACCAGGUGUGCAUCGUGGACCUCAAUGAUGCCAACAAUGUAAUGCGGAGACCCAUCACGGCCGACUCGGCGAUCAUGAACCCAGUGCAAAAGAUCAUCGCGCUCAAGUCGGGUCAGACGCUGCAGAUCUUCAACAUCGAGGCAAAGGCAAAAGUCAAGUCUCACGCCAUGUCCGAGGAUGUGCAAUUCUGGAAAUGGGUCUCCAACACAACGAUUGGCCUCGUCACUCAGAGUUCGGUUUACCAUUGGUCCAUGGAGGGCGACGGCGGCCCGCAGAAGGUCUUUGAUCGGCAUCAGAGCCUCUCGGGGAGCCAGAUCAUCAACUACCGAGUCUCGCCCGACGAGAAAUGGCUCGUCCUGGUCGGCAUUUCGGGCAACACUUCGGGAGCACCAAACGCGUUCAAAGUCAAGGGCAACAUGCAGCUCUACAGCAGAGAUCGAGGCGUCAGCCAGCCCAUCGAGGGCCACGCUGCCGCCUUUGCCGAGCUCAAAACGGACAGUGGCCCGUCUCCCUACAAGCUCUUCACCUUUGCCAACCGCACGGCCACGGGCGCCAAGCUCCACGUCGUCGAGAUUGACCACCAAGCCAACAACCCCACGUUCACAAAGAAAGCCGUCGACGUCUUCUUCCCGCCGGAAGCCACAAAUGAUUUCCCAGUUGCGAUGCAGGUCAGCAAGCGGUAUGGCAUUGUCUACCUCGUGACAAAGUACGGCUUCAUUCACCUCUAUGACCUCGAGAGCGGGACAUGCAUCUACAUGAACCGAAUCUCGGGCGAGACGAUCUUUGUCACGGCUGAGCACGAGACGACGAGUGGCAUCAUUGGCAUUAACCGCAAGGGACAGGUGCUUUCGGUCUCUGUCGAUGAGAACACCGUCAUCCCAUACAUUCUCCAGACGCUCAACAACACCGAGCUCGCCUUCAAGCUGGCCUCGCGUGGUGACUUGCCCGGCGCCGACGACCUCUACCUGCAGCAGUUUCACUCGCUCUUCAGCACAGGCCAGUACGGCGAGGCGGCCAAGAUCGCCGCCAACUCACCGCGGGGCAUCUUGCGGACGACGCAGACGAUUGAGCAGUUCAAGCAGGUCCCCAACCAGCCCGGCACCCUCUCGCCCAUCCUGCAGUACUUUGGCAUCCUUCUGGAAAAGGGAACACUCAACAAGUUUGAGUCGCUCGAGCUGGCCAGGCCGGUGCUGCUGCAGAACAGGAAGCACCUGCUGGAGAAAUGGCUCAAGGAGAACAAGAUUGAGUGCUCCGAGGAGCUCGGUGACAUUGUCCGGCAGCACGACAUGAACCUCGCGCUGAGCGUCUACCUGCGAGCCAACGUGCCCAACAAGGUUGUCGCCUGCUUUGCCGAGACGGGACAGUUCAACAAGAUCGUCCUCUAUGCCAAAAAGGUCGGCUACACGCCAGACUAUGCCGCGUUGCUCCAGCACAUCGUUCGCAUCAACCCAGAGCAGGGCGCAGAGUUUGCCAGCAGCCUCGUGCAGGACGAGGGCGGCCCAUUGGUUGACGUGGAGCGAGUGACGGACAUCUUCAUGAGCCAGAACAUGAUCCAGCAGGCGACGAGCUUCCUCCUCGACGCUCUCAAGGACAACAAGCCCGAGCAGGCCCAUCUGCAGACGCGCCUCCUGGAGAUGAACCUCGUCAACGCUCCCCAGGUCGCCGACGCCAUUCUGGGCAACGAAAUGUUCACCCACUAUGAUCGACCCCGCAUCGCCAACCUGUGCGAAAAGGCUGGGCUCCUGCAACGUGCACUCGAACACUACGAGGACCAGGCAGACAUCAAGCGCGUCGUGGUGCACUCGAAUCUGCUCAACUCCGAGUGGCUCGUCAACUACUUUGGCACCCUCACCGUUGAACAGAGCCUCGACUCGAUGAAGGAGAUGCUCAAGGUCAACAUCCGACAGAAUCUCUCUGUUGUUGUGCAGAUCGCGACAAAGUACUCGGACCUUCUUGGACCCGUCAAGCUGAUCGAGAUGUUUGAGUCCUUCAAGAGCUUCGAAGGUCUCUACUACUACCUCGGCUCCGUCGUCAAUCUCAGCACAGACCCAGAGGUUCACUUCAAGUACAUUCAGGCCGCCACCCGCACCGGCCAGAUCCGUGAGGUUGAGCGCAUUUGCAGAGAGAGCAACUACUACAACGCCGAGAAGGUCAAGAACUUCCUCAAAGAGGCCAAGCUGUCGGACCAGCUUCCGCUUAUCAUCGUCUGCGACCGCUUCGACUUCGUCCACGACUUGGUCCUCUACCUCUACCAGAACAUGCUUAUCAACUUCAUCGAAGUCUACGUUCAGCGUGUCAACUCGUCCCGCACCCCUCAGGUCAUUGGUGGGCUCUUGGAUGUCGACUGUGACGAGGGCGUGAUCAAGAACCUCCUCCAGUCCGUCACGGGGCCUAUCCCCGUCGACGAGCUGGUCGAGGAAGUCGAGAAGAGGAACAGGCUCAAGCUGAUCUUGCCCUGGAUUCAGUCGCGUAUCGACGCCGGACAGCAGGAUCAGGGCCUGUACAAUGCCGUGGCCAAGGUCUACAUCGACUCCAACAACAACCCAGAGGCUUUCCUCAAGGAGAACAACCUGUACGAGCCCCGCACUGUCGGCAAAUACUGUGAAAAGCGCGACCCUUACCUUGCGUACAUUGCCUACGCCAAGGGCUUCUGCGACGACGAGCUCAUCGCCAUCACCAACGAGAACACCAUGUUCAAGCACCAGGCCCGCUACCUCGUCAUGCGUCGCCAGCUCGACCUGUGGGCGACGGUGCUGCAGACCGACAAUGUCCAUCGGCGCCAGCUCAUCGACCAGGUCACCUCGACGGCGGUGCCCGAAUCAACGAAUCCCGACGACGUCUCGGCAACGGUCAAAGCCUUUAUGGCCGCCGACUUGCCAAAUGAGCUCAUUGAGCUGCUGGAAAAGAUCAUUCUCGAGCCGUCGGCAUUCAGCGACAACUCGAGUCUCAAGAACCUGCUUAUGCUGACUGCCAUCCGGACCGACAAGGGCAAGGUGAUGAACUAUAUUGAGCAGCUCAGCGGGUACGACGUCGACGAGAUUGCCAAGAUUGCCAUCGACAAUGGCCUUUACGAAGAGGCUUUCCGCAUCUUCAGCAAGGCGGAACAGCACGGCGAUGCCAUGAACGUCCUCGUAGAACACAUUGUGUCGAUUGAGCGCGGUCAGCAAUACGCCACCAAGCUCAACCAGCCCGAGAUCUGGAGCAGGCUUGGUAAGGCGCAGCUCGAUGGCCUGCGGGUCAAGGAUGCAAUUGACUCGUACGUCAAGGCCGAGGACCCGAGCAACUAUGCCGAGGUCAUCGAGAUUGCCGAGCACGCCGGUCGGGAAGAGGAGCUCAUCAAGUUCCUCCAGAUGGCCCGGAAGAAGGCCAGGGAGCCUCAAAUCGACACCGAGUACGCCUACUGCCUGGCAAAGGCGAACCGGCUCAGCGAUAUGGAGGAGUUCCUCUCCAUGACCAACGUGGCCGACGUGCUCAACGUGGGAGAAAAGUGCUUCAACGAGGAGCUCUACAGCGCGGCAAAGAUUCUGUUCAGCAGCAUCGCAAACUACGCCAGGUUGGCGACCACGCUCGUCUACCUCCACGACUUCUCCGGUGCCGUCGAGGCAGCCCGAAAAGCGGGCAACACCUCGGUCUGGAAGCAGGUUCACGCUGCCUGCCUGAGCCAGGGCGAGUUCAAGCUGGCCCAGGUGGCCGGCCUCAACGUCGUCAUUGCGGCUGAGGAGCUGCCUUCGGUUGUGCGAGCCUAUGAAGCUGGUGGACACUUUGACGCCCUCCUGGAUCUUCUCGAGACGUCAUUGGGCUUGGAACGGGCCAACAUGAGCAUCUUUACGGCUGCUGGUGUGGCAUUGGCAAAAUACAAGCCCGAGAGGCUCAUGGACCAUCUCAAGAUCUACGUCUCGCGCUCCAACAUUCCCCAGCUCAUCAAGGCCACCCAGCAAGCCCACCUGCACCAGGCCACCGUCUUCCUCUACACCAAGUACGAUGAGUUCGACAAUGCCAGUCUGCACACGAUCGAGCACCCCGCCGACGCAUGGAACCACGACGAGUUCAAGACGAUGCUGCCAAAGGUGGCCAACAUCGAAAUCCUCUACCGUGCCCUGACGUUCUACCUCGAGCAGCACCCUCUUCUCCUCAACGACCUCCUGGCCGCCAUUCCUCGCGUGGACCCUGGCCGAGUGGUGCGGAUGUUCAAGCGCAAGGACAAUGACAACAUUCCCUUGAUCCGAUCCUGGCUCAUCAGCGUGCAGGAGAAGGACAUCGAGACGGUCAAUGAUGCCUACAAUGAUCUCUUGAUCGAGGAGGAGGACGCCGACACGCUCCGCGCCUCGAUUGACGGCUUCCAGAACUACGACGCAAUCGCCCUCGCCCAGCGGCUGGAGCGGCACGAGCUCCUUGAAUUCCGACGGCUGGCGGCUCACUUGUACAAGAAGCAGUCACGAUGGGACGAGAGCAUCAGCCUGAGCAAGAGUGACCAGCUGUUCCGAGAUGCCAUCGAAACGGCUGCCGUUUCGGGUGACGCCACUGUGGCAGAGGAGCUCAUCUCAUACUUUGUCUCGGUGGGCAACAAGGAGGCGUUUGCGGCCAUGACCUUUGCCUGCUUCGACAUCAUCCGCGAAGACGUCAUCGCUGAGCUGUCGUGGCGGCACGCGCUGCGCGAUUUCGUCAUGCCCUACGAGCUCCAAAGGGCACGGACACGGCACGAGCGCAUGAACGCCCUGGAGCGCGAGCUCAAGGAACUCAGGGAAAAGAAUGUGACAAAGGAAAAGGAGGAGGAAGAUGCACCCAUCUUGGGUCCCGGCGGGCCAAAGCUCAUCACGGGCGCCCCCACGGGCAUGGGCGGUAUGAUGCCUCCCGGUGGGCCCUACGGCGGCAUGAACGGUGGCAUGCCCAUGGGCGCUCAACCGACAGGCUUCAUGGGCGCGCCGGUUGGAGGCAUGUACUGAGGAAUAGACCAAGGACUCUCUUUCAUCUGUCUCUCUCUCACACUUUCCUACCCUUACCCUUACCCUUGUACCACACUUUCUUCUCUUUCUCUCGCGAUGGUUCCCUACUCUCGUUGUUCUCUUGAGGCCUUUACCUUUGUCUCUCUAAAUGUCCACUGAAAUGAAUCGAACGAACUAAGAUAUGCCG